UGAAAAGCGAAAAACUUUUCAGCUACUACAGCUACUGCUGCGGUGAGUGUGGUGCUUAAGUUAAGUCGUGCUGAAGCUUAGUGUGCGCGCAAAAAUUCUCUCAACAAGGUGCGAUCGGACAAAUCGACGCGACGAAACGGAUCGAUGUUAGUUCACUUUUAAUUCGAGCAUAAGUUCGCGAUGAAAACUCGCGCCGGGAAAUUCUUUCGCGAGUGUGAACAAACACAAUUGGACUAUGUAUUCGCGUGUUCAUUCAUGUAGUGGAAUUUUGGGGGAAUUGAAUAAAACAGGACGAGAUCGCAGCAACCAAACCACAGCAGGCGUAUUCAAGGUUCUUGACCUCGCGACGAAUUAAAUUCGGAUCUAAACAGUGUGAAAAUAAUGUGCGCAAAGUGCUUAUAGAAUAUGCAUCAUACGAACUUUCAUCAAGUGGGGGCUGAUAUGGGGGGUAACGGACAGAUGACUCCUUCGACGGAUUGUUGUUAUCCUUCGGAUGCGUGGCAGUACAACGGGAUUACGCCUAUGAAACAAAUUGAAGCAUGUCUACAAAUUGCUGGCAAAGACAGAAGAGCAUACUCACCCUUAUCACACGCCGACUCGAUGGUGAUCGAAGAACUAGAUAACAACAACCGCGCGCCUAAACAGAAAUCAGCGAAUGUGACAAAUUGCGCAGCUUUAAACUCGACGAAUGCUCUGUUGGAAAUGAAACCACUUUGGGAUGAGUUCCACACACUUGGCACCGAGAUGAUAGUGACGAAAGCUGGCAGAAGGAUGUUCCCCACGUUCCAGGUGCGUCUCUGCGGGCUGGAACCCAAUGCGGAAUACAUGCUGAUGAUGGAUUUUGUGCCUGUGGAUGACAAGAGAUAUCGAUAUGCAUUUCACAGCUCAAGUUGGGUGGUAGCAGGUAAAGCCGACCCUGUCAGCCCUCCCAGGAUACACGUCCACCCCGAUAGUCCGGCAAGUGGCUCACAAUGGAUGAAGCAAGUGAUAUCCUUCGACAAAUUGAAACUAACCAACAACCAGAUGGACGAUAACGGCCACAUCAUUCUGAAUUCGAUGCAUCGAUAUCAACCACGGUUUCAUGUCGUUUAUCUACCACCCAAGUCUUGCAAGGCACAUGAUAUGGACUGUUCGAAUAAUUUCCGGACGUUUGUCUUCAGCGAGACGUGUUUUACUGCCGUUACAGCAUAUCAAAAUCAUAGGAUAACCCAAUUGAAAAUCGCCUCGAAUCCAUUCGCCAAAGGUUUCCGCGACUGUGAUCCAGACGACGGUGAGGCGCCAAGCGUGCAGCCGCAGGUCAGCCCUAAGCCGAAGACGCCGACGCAGCGCAACUCCAACGCCGUCAACAAUCCCGGCAGCGCUAAUUCGAACAAAGAUGAUGAAAUUCUUCACAAUUCCACAUCUAUCUCCCCCCACGCCGUGCAAUCGCACCCCACGUCGAUGCAUCACCACCAAUCACCGCACCAGAACACAAUGAAUCUCAACCUGAAUUCAACCACAGCAGGGAAUUUAUUAUCGCCGCUGAACGCGAUCGCGCAGCCAUACGGAUCCGAACUCUGCAACUAUCGCCCGAUGUAUCAUCCGCACAAUCUGCUGCACAAUUACAACAGCGUCUACAGCAACGAGAAGCAGCUGCGGGGUAACUUCUCGAGAGUGUACGGCAACUACGAACAUUUCUAUCCGAAUCAACUGCGGCAGAAUGGGUAUGAAUUCACACCAAGAUAAGAUUAUUUUUUAUUUAAUUGAAAUAUAAUUAAGUAAAUUUAAUUAAGACCAAAGAAGACCAAAAAUGUAAAAUGUGAAGCGAGAUUAAUGUUAAUUUUUAAUUAUUAUGCAUGAAAUAUAGAUUUUUUUCGAAAAAAAGAUGAUAUAUAUAAAUUGUAUUUUUAAACAAUUAAAAAUUAUUUAUAAUAAAUAUUUAAUGUAAUAAAUAUAUUUUCAACACA